AUGGAGUUCGCCGACUAUCCAGGACUCAAUGCAGACCUGGCAGCAGACUUCCACGCGCGGCACUUCACCAGGCGGGACACCCACAUGUUCUCCGACCACCUGGGCCAGAUGCCGCACUUCAAUCCAGCCGCACUAGCUGGCAUGGCCGUCGACGUCAAGCCGCGCUUGACAAAGGAACAGCACGAUGUACUCGAGAACGAAUUCCGGAAACAGGCAAAGCCCAACACAAACACCAAGAAGAGAUUCGCCGAGGUCUUGGGUGUAUCAUUAGACAAGGUCAACGUAAGUAGCCACGGGCCCCUUAUCUGGACUGAACAUCCAUCUUUCAACACAGUCGCUAAGCCGUGCAUANNGAACUGGUUCCAGAACCGUAGAGCAAAGUCGAAGCAGGAUGCCAAAAAGGCAGCAGGUGCUUACAACAUGCUGCAAGCGCAGCAGCAGGGCCAACAGCAACAGCAGGGCUUUGUCGGCAUCAACCCAAUGGGUGGCAUGAACAGCAUGCCCCUCGACCAGCCCUUCAGCAUGCCAACUCUAUACAAUGGCGUCCGUGACAACUCCAUCAUGGACGGACCACUGUCCAGUGGCCUCGGCAUCAGCCAGCCCGAGAACACAUUUGCAUCGCUCGACCAGAUCACAUCGCAACCCAUGCGCCACCAAGCGUCAACACAGUCUCUCGCCUCGCAGCACUCAGUACAUUCAGAGUCGUUUGCCGAUGCUAACAACAGACACACUUUGACCCAGGCCCAAUUCGAUGCCUACUCGCAGCCAAGUUUUGCCAACAUGUCGGCUGCUGACGCGAACACUGCCUUGAACUCGACCGCAAACGGCGACUUUUAUUCUGAAUUCUGCGAUUUUUCAUUCGACUCUCAGUCUGUCGACCCAUUGACGUCUCCUCCUAUGCACUCUAACGAGAGCAUCGAUUCCUUCGCUCCUGAUGUUGUGCCCGACUUCAAGCCUUCUGACAACCAGCUGCGCAACGCUUCGUCGAGCUCAGAGGGAUCUGCUCCUUCGGUGACCAUUUCCCCAGCCGAGGACAAGGAUGACACAUUCGACGUAAACCUUCCGAGCGAGGAUAAGCCCUCGCAACCGACUGUGACGUCGCCUCAGUGGCAGCCUGGACAGUCUGUGCCCGUUGAAAUGGACGACCUUCGCAAGGAAUUCCAAGAGGCCGCCAUGCGUCGCAACUUCUCUGUCCAGUCAAUUCCCGAUUCUAACGAGUACCUCGACCAACCCAUGGCGUUCCCUGGUGAUGACUACAACCGCCGCGAAUCUUCAACGGUCCAGCUUGCUCGUUCGAUGCAAAGCUUCACCAUGGCGCCUCAACGCUCAGCCAUGCCCUCAUCCAGCAUCGCCGCGCGCCGACAGCGCCCUCGUCCGGCUCCUCUGGGCACCACGAGCGCUCGUAGUACUUCGUAUUGCGGCACGCUGCCCACAUCUCCAGGUCCGGUGGGCGGCAACCACACUAUCGGUGGUCAUACUCUGCGUCGUAUCAAGUCAUCGCAAGCCAUGAACGGCAUUGCUGGUGGCCGCAUCCAGAAGAACAUUGGUUCUGCUCAGCGCUCGCCUUCUGGCUACACCACUUUUGCCGAGGCCAACAAUGCUCGAUACGGUCGUCGUGUCUCCUCAUUCUCUCCUGCCUAUGCUAGUCUUGCUGCAUCGACUGCUAGUCUCGCCCCUCCAACCCCGUUGUCUCCGACUAACACAAUAAGCACGCUGCGUCAUAUGCAAUCUCAGCCUAUGCUCAGACAGACGAGCCUGCCCGAAGGUGAUGAGAACUACAUAGUCUCUGGCAUGAACUUCUCCCCACCGACCACGCCUCUUUACGGCGGCCAGUUCAUUCGCAGCCGCAUGGGAAGUUUGGCCAUUCCUUCUGACAACACCCCUCCUCAGUCUGCUCCUCCGACUCAGCAAUGUUUCCCCAGUGGUGCAUUCAGCCCACCUCAGAUGUCAGCAAUGCCUCUGGUUCAAUCUCAGGCCAAUCCUCAAGGCUUCCUUGGCAUGCUGCCUAACGAGUACCCACAGAUGCACAAUGUCAUGUUUCCUGCUCAGCAACAGCAGAGCCAAUACAUGGACACGCAGAUGUCGUACAUAAUGACAAACACAGGCGAGGUCAUUUCAGGCUACCCUGUUAUGCCACCCUUCACUCAAGGUCACAUGCAGCAAGCGACCCCUCCCCAUCAGCAGCAACCUUUCUUGCCAUCUUCAAGUCUUAGUCCCGGCGUCCUUGGCUCCUCGCAGGUUCCGAAGCAUAACAACCCCGGGGCCGACUUCUUUGUUCAUGAAUAUUCGCCUCCGCGAGACGUCAAGCAAUCCAACACUCCUCGCAAAGCUGUCGAGUCUGGACCUAAAAACUACACCUUCUCGAACCACGGACCCGAAUAUUUUGAGAAGCACGCCAAACAAAAGGGCAGUUCCAGUCCUGCCUCGUCCUCUUGCGAAUCGGCCGCAGCAUAA